UCAAAAGGCAUAGCCAACCAACUUCGUUCUCUUUCUUUCAUUGACAUUGACAACAACACCUUUCACCUUCCAUCUCUUGUAUUCAAUCAUUUUGACUCUUAUGCCCUUACUUACCUAAGCUUUCUUUUCUCAUCCAAUUUCCUACAAAAUCCCAGGCUUGUUUUCAGAAACUGAUUUAAAUCUGUGACUUUAUUUCCAAGAACUUGAGUCCUAAAUUAGAGGGCAUGAAAUAGGGCAUUGCAUGAUUGCAAACGCAUGAAAUUGGGCAUUGCAUGAUUGCAAAGAAAGGAUGAAAUGGUUGGUCAAGGGUAUGCAUUUUAUAAAUUCACAUAAUAAAUUUUUUAGUAGAGACUAAAAGAGUUGCAACUUCCAUUAAAAGGCUGCUGUGGACAUUUCUCAUAUACCAAGUUAAAAUAUGUAGAAUUAAUCUAAAGCAAUCAUAUAGUAGUUGUCCCCUUCAUCAAAUUAAUUAUCAGAAGAUGGAAUUAAUUAAUUAAUAUAUGGUCUAACGAAUUCUUUAUAACUUAUAUUGUUAAGGAAAGUUGGCAAGGGUUUGAGAAUUAAUCUCAAUAAAGGAAAUCCAUCCUCUUCCUAUUCCUCCUCCUCCUCCUCCUACUCUUGUGCUUCAGCAUAAAGCACAUCAUCUUUCAUCUUCAUCUUUGUUUUUGGUACUCAAGAGACAAAAAAAAUGGACUGUUCCAUUUGCAGUUCAAUGCCCACUAUUCUUAGGCCACCAAGAAAUACCAUAUGUGGAGCAUGCUACGAGGGAGCUAAGACUGUAAUCACAUUGAUGAACAAGUUUGACAGUGAUAAAGGAAGCGACAGGCCCAUUUCCUCUGUCGUUUCUUUCCCAAAUUCGUGUAAGCCUCAGCCACUAGCAAAUGUUGCAAAAUGGAUGAACAAUAUGAAGGAAACAGAGGAUGAACUGAAUGAGAAAAUUAAUUUCCUUAGUGGAUUUGUUGCUUUAUUCAGACAACAAAUUCUCACAGACAUCCAACUCAUUCCUGGCAAUGGUGGACCUUCCGUUUCUGCUCAUAGAGCCUUACUGGCAGCAAGAUCAGAAAUAUUCAGGAACAUGCUAGACUCAGAUGCAUGCAAAGCCCCAGCAGAUGACACAAUAACACUUGCUGAACUGAAUCAUGAAGAGCUUGAAACUCUGCUUGAAUUUCUUUAUAGUGGAAGCUUGGCAACAGAGAAGGUGGAGAAACAUAUCUACUCAUUGACAUUAGCAGCUGAUAAAUAUGAAAUCCAAUUCUUGCUAAAAUUCUGUGAACGAUACAUGCUUCGAUCUCUGGAUUCAUCUAAUGCUCUUGAUGUUCUUGAGAUAUCAGAUGUUUGUUCUAACAAAAUAUUAAAGGAGACUGCAUUGAAUUUUAUUGCUAAGAAUUUGGAGGAUAUAGUUUUUUCAGCUAAGUAUGAAGGAUUUGUUUCCAAGAAUCCACAUCUAGCUGUGCAUAUUACAAGGUCUUUUUUGAUGGAUGCCAAAAGCAGGAGGAGGAAUGAGAGCAUUGCUUGAUAUAUAUUAUAAGACAUUAAUAAUAUUGCUAAGAUCUCUUUUGUUGGAAUCUUUACAUGAACUGGUAUCAAUAUAUAAGAACAAUUCAAUUGUGUA